UUAACAGGACAGAGAAAGAGAGAGACAGAUUAAACAAGGAUGCUGUAGACUGAAUGAAAGAAGGAAUCGGACAGUCCUAAAUCUCUCCUCCGGAUGCGAGCGUCUGCUCCUCUCCUCCACCGCAGUGCAGCAAGGUAAAACACGGAUCUCAUCGGCUGCUACACGCUCACAGUCCCCGACACACUCUCCCUCUGGCCCAGAAAGAGGAGGAAGGGGAGGAGGGGGAACAGCUGGAUGUGGAGGGUGUUGGGGGAGCAUCAGGAUCAGGAGAACACGGGGGCAUACCUAGCAGUGGAGGAGAAUGGGAGCUGAGCAGUCCCUGGAAGAUGGACAGGCCCCCAGUCUAACCAAGGAGCACACAGAGACCAUGAGCUCAGACUCUGACGGAGCGUUCGAGACACCGGAGUCGACCACCCCGGUCAAGUCCCCCGCUGGAGAGACAGACCAUCCUACCCAGCUGCUGACCUCGGAAGACACCGGUCUUGGCUGUGACUCUGAGGCAGAUGGUGAACCCGGGUCAGAGGCUAAAGGUCACCAUGGUAGCUCCCUGUCCAUAGUCUUUGACGAGGACAAGCCCAUAGCUGCUAGCGGAGCCUAUAACUUAGACCAGCUCAUUGCUGCUGCUGCUGCUGCUGCAGAGGCCCAGAGCCGAUCAACUCUAACCCGCUCUCUGAGCCUUCAGGCUGGGGAGCUAGACGGCUCCGGACCCCUAGACAGCGUAGGAUCCUCCCUCUCAAUCGGAGACUCCCGUCCCCUGGCUGAGGCCUUUAGUAUCGACGGUGGUACUGAGAGUGCUCCGGGGACCCUCCGCAGACCGUCCAAGAAGGGGCCUCUCCGCCCUGGUGGCUCCCUGAAAAAGAAGCCUCUCCUCAGGCAGAGCUCUAACCCAGAGAGCCCCCAACCUCCAUCCUCUGGUGUCACACCGGAGCUGAAAAAGAGCACCAGAGCAGCUAGUCCCCUAUUGGGCCCCGAGGACCAGGAAGUAGGAGGAGCCACAACAGACUCUGGCCCUGCCUCGGCCACGCCCAGUCCAGGAGGCACGCUCCGCAGAACCAGGAAACCACGUGUGGAAAGCCCCGCCCCUCUCAUUGAAGAGACCAAUCACACUAGCCCAGAGACAGAUAACCAACCAAUCCCAACCCCUACUCCUGUUCCGACCCAGGCCAUUUCCAUACCACUCCGACAGGAGGAUACCCCCAUCCCAGUGCCGGAGGCCCCUCUCCCAGCCAGCGAGGGCUCCUCUCCCAUCCCCCCUAGUGGGGCCUACAAAUGGGACCCAGACAACUUUGAGGACAUCGACCCAUUCAACACCGGCGGUAGUAAAGUCGCUAACUCUCCCCCGUUGGGAAGGAAAGGAGUCACUAACUCCCCCCCGUUGGGAAGGAAAGGAGUCAAUGCGUCCAUUGCUCACAAAACUGUCACCCCUGUGUCUACCCCCCCUCCUGUCUCUACUGAGGAACCAGCUCCUCCCUCUACCAGCCCCCCUAUUCGCACCUCAGGGGCGGUCAGGCUGGAGUUUGACUAUUCUGAGGAGACCCUCGAGGAGCCUCCUAAGGCCUCUCCACCUCCCAAGAAGCUGGGCAGGAAGCCAGGCUCCAAGAUGCCUCUAAGGAAGCCCAGGAUGGGCCUGAAGAAGGCUGUCCAGCCGCCAUCGGAACCCCUAGACAACACCCCCGCCACCGUCCCCGGUGAUGACAUCCCUAUCCAUAAGGCUUCUUAUAACUUUGACCCGGCCCAGUGGGACGACCCUAACUUCAACCCGUUCGGCUCUAACAGCGAGAUCCCCGUCUCUCCCGAGCUGAACAAACCCUCCAAUAGAUUAGACUCUGACACCUUCGACGAGUCUGCUGCCUUCAAGUCCUCCUCCAAUAGCAUGGCUGCGUCUCCGCCCACGGCUGCCUCAGGCUCCGCCUCCUUUGAGGUGUCGGCCAAUGACAAUGAGGUUGAUAAUGAUAACGAUAACGUUGGUGAGCUGGAGGACCACAACCAGAACAAACCAUCCAAAACGAAGAAGAAACCUAUCAAAUCUAACACUUUCAGAGUCAAGAGGUCCCCAAAGAGGUCGGCCAUGUCUGAUCCAUCAUCACAAGAGCCCACCCCAGUAGAUGAAGUCCAGCCUCCUAUCCCCCCGCUACAGGACGACCACGCCACAGACGAGGAGAAGCUGGCCUCUUCCUCCAAUCACAAAGAGAAGCUUGCUUCCUCAGCCAAUCACAAGUGGGCAUCCAUGGAGGCGGAGCUAACCUCUGACCCCCAGGAGGACUUCCCGCAGCCAUCUGACCUCACAGCCUUCGUCAAUGAGAACAAUCGAGUGCCAGACUAUGAGAUCGAGUACAUGGAGAAGAUCGGACCCCCUUCGCCGACUCUGUUUGUGAAGAAACCUUCUACUCUCUACCUGAAGCUGGACUCUGUGACAGACAGCCUGACCAAGCCUAACCAUGGAUCAGAACUCAACUCUCCCUGCACAGGGUACAACACACUGGGGAGUUUUGAGGAGAUAGAGGCCCAGAUCACAGCCCAGAUGAAGACUCCUGUGCUGGGCUCCAGACCCGGUCCAGAAGGGUCUCGACCCGGUCCGGAGGGGUCCACUGGAGAGAAAGAGAAGACCAGGAAGAGAGAGAGCCAGUCACUCAGCCGGACACAGAGCACAGACAUGGAUCAUGGGGCGAAACCCUCCCAGGGCUCUAUGGAGGUCCAAGGUCCAGCCCCUGGCCCAUCCCCAGACGCACCCUUCUUAGCCAGGCUGUCUGAGUGCCCUGACCCCCUAGCCUACCUGGAGGCUGUGGAGACUGACCUGGCAGAGACCAACCCCACUGCCUUCGCCCUCAAACUACAGCAGAGAGACAGAGAAGUGACGUCAUCAGUGAUGUCAUCAACACUGGACAGGGACAGCGCGGAUAUCAAGAGUUCUCUCUACACCCGGACAGCGGGCUACGGAGAGGAGGAGAGCCCCUACCCACCCAAAGACAUGGAGCACUCCCUGGGCAUCGCACGAGAAGAGAUCGUGUCCAAGGAGAAGGAGGUACUGGAGUGGCAGAGGAAGUACGAGGACAGUCGACAGGAAGUGCUGGAGAUGAGGAGAAUCGUGGCAGAGUAUGAGAAGACCAUUGCACAGAUGAUUGACGAUGAGCAGAAGGAUAAGUCUCUGUCUCACCACACCAUCCAGCAGCUGAUCAUAGAGAAGGACCAGGCUCUUUCAGACCUCAACUCAGUAGAGAAGAGUCUGGCUGAACUGUUCAGACGAUACGAGAAGCUGAAGGAUGUCCUCGAGGGCUACCGUAAGAAUGAGGAGGUGUUGAAGAAGUGUGCUCAGGAGUACCUGUCCAGGGUCCGUAAGGAGGAACAACGAUACCAGGCCCUGAAGAUCCAUGCCGAGGAGAAACUAGACAAGGCGAACGCUGACAUCGCCCAGGUGAGGAUGAAGUCCCGUCAGGAGACAGCAGCAUACCAGGCUUCUCUCAGGAAGGAGACCAUGAAGGUGGACUCACUGGAGAGAACUCUUGAGCAGAAGAACAAAGAGAUCGAAGAACUGACCAAGAUCUGUGACGAGCUGAUUGCCAAGAUGGGAAAGAGCUAGCAACGCUGAACAGGUCCAGCCCACGUCUCCGGGGCCUGAGGGGGAAGGAGUGGUAGAAGAAUAGAAGAAAAGAUAAAGAGAGAGGACGUGGUUGUCUCUUUUACGUCCAAACCUUCCCUUGGACUGAUGGGUAACUGGACAGUUGGACAGUUGAAGCCAAAGUGGUCUCUGGAUUUAAUACACUACUGACUGACUAUGUACAUGUAUCUACUGGCGACAUUGCACCCCCAGAGUAUUGGAGGGUCAAUGGUUUUCUUCUGUUUCACCCAGUACAUUUUGAUGUGCCGAUGUGUACCACAUGUCCUGUAUCAGGGAUCCGGUGAAAGAGUGUUUAGAAAUGUACUCUAUAUCAUAAAUGAGAGAGAGAGUGUGGUGUAUGUCUCUGUAUGUGUGUGUGUGUGUGUGUGUGUGUGUGUGGGUGUGGGUGUGUGUGUGUGUGUGUGUGUGUGUG